CAUUUCUUGUGCUCUAGUUUAAGAUGAAGUUUACUUUAGUGUUUCUUGCGCUGAUCUGCAUCUAUUACUCACGGUCCGCUGAGGCUCAAGUGCGUCACAUCGGUGGAAGAGAUGUACCGGUUAUUCAGUACCCAUUCAUGGCAGCGAUUUCAUACGCAAACCAACACGUUGGAAAUGGUGCCAUCAUUAAUUCAAAGUGGAUUCUAACGUCCGCCAGUGCCGUCUUCUUUGUAGAGGAAGCACUGUACUACGUAAAGGUUGGUGCGGACAGCUUCACGAGCCAAGGCUUUUGGUACGAGGUGUUUCAUAUCUACAGACAUCCAGAGUUCGUCGGCUGGGACUACAAUAUCGCUCUGAUACACCUGAAAGGCAAUAUCAAGUACAGUCAGACUGUGAAGCCAAUCUCGCUACCCGUCACGGAUCCAGACUUUAUCAAUGCAAAGCUGCUUUCUUACGGCCAAAAUGAGCAUGGAACGCGGCAUCUUCGCGAGGCUGACUACACACUCACCGCAGAUGAUCGUUGCGUUAAUUUUCUAACCGAUAGUUCAGCCAGACAAAUGAUUAUAGAUCAACAGGGAUACUGUCUGUUCGGUACCGACCAGGGACAGUUUUACAGCGAUGCAGGAGCACCGGUGGUCGCGAAUGAACAACUGUACGGAUUGUUUGCGUUUGCCGAGCACCAUGGUGGCAUCAAUGACGGAUCCGUUGCGACUCGCGUUUUCAGAUUUGUUACAUGGAUUCAGCAAAAGAUAAUUGAAAAGGGUUAAGAGUGGUUGAGUUGCAUGUAAGGUAUUAGCGACAGUGUUUGGUUGCAAACAAAAAAAAGAAAUAUACUUUGACACUGAUAAGCAAAAAAGCAUGAAUGUUUGGGAUUUACACUUUUAUAUGACUCUUCCAUCGCAAUCAUUAUGCCGAACUGGAUAUUAAUCUCGGCCAGUGCCGUCUAUCCAUUCGCAGAGAGUUAAUACGACAUUGGCUCUGGUGCGACCGAUUUCUAUGUGUAAGAUAUUAAGAAAAAAAAGAAAAAAAAGGAAAGACAAAAAAACUACGCAACGUCCUAAAAGGAUUCCAGAAAUUCCAUAUUUCCAGUAUAUAAGGAGAUCAUCCUGCGUCCAAAAGUUAGUUGACAGCUUCAGUUCACCGAAUGGUCAUCUACGAGACCAGCCUUCACAAGAUAAGCCUUGGCUCAGUUCAAUAGCUUUUUUCAAAGCUACCUGUGUUUUCGAUCUGUUGGUCUGCCUGAAUUGCUGCUUAAGAGUGGAACGACAACACAUCUGGAACCGGUAGUUCCAGUCAGUGUGCGUGUGUACAGUUUAAAAUAAAUCGUGCUAAAAACGGACUACCCUGAGUAGCAUCCCUUUGAAUUCCGAAAUCCUGGGUACAAUAUUGCACUCUUCCCUAAGGUGAAAAACAUUUGGUCCUUCGAACCGGAUAGAAGUGAAUCGGCAGCGUGCUCAGUUUAACGAUGCUAUAGUGCAGUGUUAUAAACUCGAAGGCUUAGCUUUAUUACAGUGAUCAAAUUGAAUCGGCAUUAUUCGGCUUAGCGAUUCAAUCGUGAUAUAUCAUUCAGAUAAAAAGUGAUCGUGGACUUCCGUGUUUAUCCUUCAAGUGAGUGAAUUAUGAAAACUGUGCACAGUCCUGCAACGGUUUGUGAAGAAAAACUGGUGCCAAUGGAGACCGGAACCCGAUUUUGCUGGUUUCGGUUCGCCUCCUGUGGCAGAAGGAGAGAAGACUCGUCAACUUCGAGAUCAUCUGGAGAGGAAGUUGACGAGAUUAGAGCAGUCUGUGAAGGAAUCGAUGAUCUCAGAUACAUCGUUCCUAAAGGAUAAGCUGACAACCCUAGCAUCAGACUACGAAAAGUUGUACGUGCGAAGUUUGGAGUUUUCGCCGAAAAGCCAAUGGGAAAAGGAAGAGCUAGCUUACGCCGUAUUCGAGAGCAGACAGAGGUAUUCAACCUCGACAAAGACACAUACAUCAAGACGCUUUAAUUAAAGUGGAUGCCGUUGAGGGACAAACUUGGAUUCUGUGUGUUUAAUCCGGAGUAACUCCGGAGUGGAGUCCAAAUUACUCCAGACCCGGUAUCUAAAAAUAAUUCUAGUAUUAUUUUUAAGUAUUAUUUAAGUAUUAUUUUAGUAUAUAAAAAGGUUCUAUAUAGUUCCAUCUUCGAUCGUUGUGACACGUUUUUUUAAUGGAGCCAACGCCUUACCACGUACAAAUCUCUAUAUCAAUGUUGUUAGUGCAGACCUUUGACUUAUGAUAGGCAAUGAUUUUGAAUACUUUCCAAAGUGUUGUCUACGAUUUGUCACACAAAAUUAUCUUGUAGACAAAUUAAUUGCAAUCAAUUCAUGCACAGCCGAAUAAAUUGACUUUUGCUCUAAGAAUCAUUUGGUGGGACCAAUUCCAAAUUUUAUAGUAUGAAUUAUUACAACUCGAACAACCCCGUAAUAUAAGUUCGAAACUGAAUGCAGUUGAUGGGGUUUUGUAUUGAGCAACCCCUUCCCGAUUAUCAUCAGUUUCGUUCGGUAACGCAUGGCCAAACCGUACCCAACAACCGGUAGACCAGUUAUAAUUUGUUGCUGUUUCAGUUCAUCAACAGGCAAAUUAUUCUCGAACUUGCACAAUGCCUUUUAAAUUCCUACCUCGCCAUUUUUCCAUAAAAACCCCGCAAUCAUUUCUUGUGCUCUAGUUUAAGAUGAAGUUUACUUUCGUGUUUCUUGCGCUGAUCUGCAUCUAUUACUCAAGGUCCGCAGAGGCUCAAGUCCGUCACAUCGGUGGAAAAGAUGUACCGGUUAUUAAAUACCCAUUCAUGGCAGCGAUUGCAUACGCGAACCAACACGUUGGAAAUGGUGCCAUCAUUAAUUCAAAGUGGAUUCUAACGUCCGCCAGUGCCGUCUUCUUUGUAGAGGAAGCACUGUACUACGUAAAGGUUGGUGCGGACAGCUUCACGAGCCCAGGCUUUUGGUACGAGGUGUUUCAUAUCUACAGACAUCCAGAGUUCGUCGGCUGGGACUACAAUAUCGCUCUGAUACAGCUGAAAGACAAUGUCAGAUACACUGAGACUGUGAAGCCAAUCGCGCUACCCGGUGACGAUCCAGAAUUCUUCACUGGAAAGUUGCUUUCUUACGGCCAAAAUGAGCAUGGAACGCGGCAUCUUCGCGAGGCUGACUACACAAUCGUCGCUGAUGAUCGUUGCGUUAAUUUUCUAACCGAUAGUUCAGCCAGACAAAUGAUUAUAGAUAAACAGGGAUACUGUCUGUUCGGUCACGACCAGGGACAGUUUUACAGCGAUGCAGGAGCACCGGUGGUCGCGAAUGAUCAACUGUACGGAUUGUUUGCGUUUGCCGAGCACCAUGGUGGCGUUAAUGAUGGAUCCGUUGCGACACGCGUAUUCAAGUUUACGACAUGGAUUCAGGAAAAGAUGACGCAAAUAGGUUAAGUUUGUUUGAGUCGCUUGUAAGGUAUUAGCGACAGUGUUUGGAUGCAAUAAAGAACGCACAAAUGUUUAGGAUUUACA